AUCAGUGCGGAGUGAGAUGCUUUCUCGGUUUUGGAUGACGUGACAAGCGCCAGAAAUCAACAUCCGAGUAGACGAUCCGGAGGAGUUCGGUGUCUGGAUUGAAUAAAAAGCCUGUAAAUAUUGGAGUAUUCGAAACGGACGGCAGACGAUUUGGGCGAUCUGUGAACACAUCUAAUUCCAGUUCCAGCUUCAGGGAAACUUAUCCAAAAUAAAAAGGUGGAAAAGCGCUGAAUGAAUUGGUGCUACAAAUCGACGAGAAGAGUCAACAGCGAUUUCUGAAAGAAGCUGCUGGACCAGUUUCAUCUUUGAACGAUAGAAAAAAGUAGCAAUCAGUGAGGGCAAGUGAUCUUCGAUGUUCUGAGACCAAGAGCACAAAGACCCUGUUGUGGCAGUUCUGGAGCAGAUCAUUUUUGUACAUCGUACAAACGCGCACAGGGGCCCCACAAAUUCCCGGCCCCGGGCCCCGUGAUUUCUAAAUUCGGCCCUGAAUAUUCCCAUUGGAGCACCGCACCGAAAUGGAGAACAGUUCAUUGAAUGAUGGCUCCUAUAGCAAUGCUGAUGGUUACAAGACAGACGAUUGCCAUCAGCAAGAAAAGUACAAAAGAAAAGCUCCAUUGAUGAAGAUCAAAACGUACCUCUCAGCACUGAGGCCGUGGUCCCUGUCGGCCAGUUUGGUACCGACGUUGCUCGGAGCAGCGAUUGCCUACCGGACCAAUGGCUUCCAUGAGUUCAACUUUCUAACGUUUCUGUUCACGAUCUUCACCGUCGUGACGGUUCACUGUGCAGGCAAUGUCGUCAACACGUAUUUCGAUUUCGUUAAAGGCAUUGACAACCGCAAAUCAGACGAUCGGACACUGGUGGAUCAUAUUCUUAGUAAGGAUGAGGUCGUUACUUUGGGCGCACUGCUAUACUGUGCCGGGUGCUUUGGAUUCAUAUUUUUGGUCUACCUAUCACCGGCUAAGCUGGAGCAUUUGGCCUUGGUUUACUUCGGUGGACUAUCCUCCAGUUUCCUGUACACUGGUGGCAUUGGAUUAAAGUACAUUGCCCUGGGGGACGUGCUGAUUCUGGUUAUCUUCGGACCGAUUUCGGUCCUAUUUGCCUACAUGGCGCAAACAGGUUACGUGGAAUGGAUGACCAUUUACUACGCAAUACCAUUGGCUUUGAACACUGAAGCUAUUCUGCACAGCAAUAAUACCCGAGAUGCGGAGUCCGACAAAAAGGUGGGAAUAGUCACGCUAGCAAUCCUGAUAGGCAGAACGUCUUCGUACAUUCUCUACGCACUGCUUCUUUUCACGCCGUAUGUAAUGUUUGUGGUGCUGGGUGUUAAGUACUCCUGUGCGUUUCUUCUGCCGAUGGUGACCCUUCCGCAAGCAUUCAAAAUUGAGAAGCAGUUCCGCAAUGAGGCAACACUCCACGGCGUGCCAAGGCAAACGGCAAGACUGAAUCUGUUCUUUGGUAUCCUUUACGUGGUGGCUUGCUUCUGUGCCGCCCAGUUGCCGUUCAUCAUCAGGAAGUAAGGUAGGAGCAAACCUAUCCGGUAUAGGUUUGGAUGAGCUGGAAUUGGUUACAACGUCGUCAUAACUGUGCUAUUAACGAACAUCCGAUACACAUUACAUUUGGGACGCGAUUCUCGGUAUGGUUCGAAGUUUGCAAUCCAUUGAGUAGCCAUCUGAAAUUAUUUCAGUGAUACUCAUGUUGAGGAUGCUAGCUUUCAAUAGUUGGGUCACACGAUCAUUAAUUUACGUUUAGAAAUUUAUUGCAUGAGUAUUGACAGAAGAGGAAUAUUUGUGUUUUCUAUUACAUAUUUAACUAUUCAAAUUUUUCUAUUGCAAAAUUAUUUAAAUUUUACUUAUAUAUAUCUUUCCUGAUAGGAUGGGAUAGAAUCUUUUUAAGAGUCUUUUCUAUUGUUGACUACCAAAAUAGACAUCUGUAUCUAUAACUUCUGAUAGUUCCAAUAUUUUAAUAUGAAACAGCAACACACAAAUGAAAGAUUGCUGUAAUAACCAUUUUUAAAUUUAACAAAUGGAAUGACUGGUUCAUAGUCAGUUGUAAA